GUGUGUUGGAUCUGAGCUGGAGCAAGGUAACGAGCCCCGCGCCCCCUGGGGAGAGAGAAGGUCGUAUCCUAACCCCCGCCGUCAGAACAAUUUCCUCCUCUCCUCGUCCAUGGACAAGACCGUUCGAUUGUGGCACGUCACCCGACCAGAGUGCCUCUGCUGCUUCCAGCACAGCGACUUCGUCACGUCGAUCCAGUUCCACCCGCGCGACGACCGGUUCUUUCUGGCAGGCUCGCUCGACACCAAGCUGCGCCUGUGGAGCAUUCCCGACAAGAGCGUGGCCUUCGUCGCCACGGCCCCGGACAUGGUCACCUCGGUCGCCUUUACCCCGGACGGCCGCCACUCGAUCGCCGGCUGCCUCAACGGCAUGUGCAACGUCUACGAGACCGACGGCCUGAAGGCCGUCGCGCAGAUCCACGUGCGCUCGGCGCGCGGCCGCAAUGCCAAAGGCAGCAAGAUCACCGGCAUCGACGCCAUGAGCGUCCCCGCAGGCGACCCCCACGGCGAGGUGAAGUUGCUGAUCACCAGCAACGAUUCGCGCAUCCGCCUCUACAACUUCCGCGACCGCAUCCUUGAGGCCAAGUUUCGCGGCAACGAGAACACCUGCAGCCAGAUCCGCGCCUCGUUCAGCGACGACGGCCGCCACGUCAUCUGCGGCAGCGAGGACCGCCGCGCCUACCUGUGGCCGACCGCUCCGUCGGAGAAGGCGUCGUCGGCCGACAAGCGCGCCGUCGAGGUUCUCGAGACGCAGUCGGCCAUGGUGACGGCGGCCGUCAUGGCGCCGGCCAAGGUCAAGCAGACCCUGGGCCUGUCGGAGGAUCCGAUCUACGACGUCUGCAACCCGCCGCCGGUGACGCUGGUCAACCAGGCCGAAGCUGCGCACAAAGACAAGGAGCAGCAGCAUCAGCCCGCCCGUCGCUCCUCGGGCCUCGCCAGCCUGACCCGGGAAUCCCCGACGUACCUGGCGCGGUCCAGCCAUCCCGACGGCAACGUCAUCGUCGUGGCCGAUUAUUCCGGCAAGAUCAAGAUCCUGCGGCAGGACUGCGCCUACCACAAACGCCGCUACGAUAGCUGGGAUACGCACUCCACCAUCUCGCGCCGACUGUUGCGGCGCACCAACUCGGCGCGCCACAGCAUCGCGUCGUCGAUCGGGAAGGAGUCCGCGCACAAGACGCCGUCGGAGCGCAUCAUCGCCUGGCGCAAUUCCGUCAUCGGCCACCACCGCGAGGGCUCGCGGCAGGGCACGCGAACUCGCACGCCGUCUCCGCAUCGCUUCGCCGACCGGUCGCGUCUGUCCAGCCCCCGACCCGGCGGCGCCGACUCGCGCUCGGGGUUCACCACCUCGCCGCCGCCCUCGGCCUAUAAGUCCAGCAUGGACCGCCGCACGUCCAGCUCCGUGGAAAGCGCCCGGUCGAGCGUCGAUGCCCCCGCAGGGGCCGACGGCGCCUCGCGGCCGGACGAGCCGAAACCGCCCGCGUCCGCGGCGUCGGUGAUUGCCCAGGGGCGGGACAAGGACAACCCCUUGUGGCUGCAGGGCGACCACAGUUAUGCCUUCUACAACCGAAUCGCCCACGACGCGUUGGCCGCGCAACAGCGACGGCCGCCGAGUCUGCUCAGCCCCAAUCGACUCUCCGCGUCUCACCGCAAGAUCAGCACGGCCAGUGCCCUGAGCAGUGACUAUGGAUCAUCGCACGGGGAAGCCGAGGAGGGCGACGUCCUCCGAUGCGAUACCUGCCAGGGCACCAACUUCCGCGCCACCAAGGGGCGAAACGGAAAACAGAAAUUGAUUUGUGUGCGCUGUGCUCGGCCGAUCAGCUGAAUUUCAGAGCAUGUGUCUGGACUGAAGAUGUGGACUUCCCUUGAUCUCUUCUCUCCUUAUCCUCUUACCCCAUUUCCCCUCCGUCCUUCCCCACUUUGUUCCUGUCUCAUAUCCAUAAUAUUUUGGAGUUUGUGUAUACUGUUUUUGGUUCCAUGUUUCUAUUCAUGACGGCAUUGGGAUGUGUCCAUACGCGUGGGGCUGUAUGUAGCUGACGAUGAACGGGUUGUAAUUAGACAUGUAUAGUAUGAAUUGAUGAUUAGAUGGUAUGUCGAGAACAGAAAGCAAGUGGCGGCCACGUCAGAGGAAGAAAU